CUUUCCCACUAAUUCCGGUGCAGGUCAAGCCUUAGAAAGCCAGGCGAGGCUACAGAGAACAGUUCUCAAUAUGCCCUCCCAAGCACAGGUCGAGGUCCAGGGGUCGCUUCUGCUGCCGCUGCUGCUCCUGCUGCUGCUCACAUUACCAGCCACGGGUUUGGAUCCUGUACUCUGCUUCAGGAGCUAUGAGGAAUCCUCGGGCAAGUGCAAGGACCCCCUGGGGGAUGGCGUCAGUGUUGAAAACUGCUGUCUCAACACUGCCUAUGCCUUCCAGGAGCCCAGCAGCAAGCUCUGCCAAGCGUGCAGGUCUCCACAUUGGUCACCGUGGUCUGCGUGGGCCCCCUGCUCAGUGACCUGCACUGAAGGCUCCCAGCUGCGGCACCGGCGCUGCAUAGGCUGGGGUGGGCACUGCUCAGAAAAUGUGGCACCUGGGACCCUCGAAUGGCAGCUUCAGGCCUGCGAGGACCAGCCAUGUUGUCCCGAAAUGGGUGGUUGGUCUGACUGGGGGCCCUGGGCACCUUGUUCUGUCACCUGCUCCAGAGGGACCCGAACCCGUCGUCGUGUGUGUGAUCACCCCACCCCCAAAUGUGGGGGACACUGCCCAGGAGAAGCACAGGAGUCAGAGGCCUGUGACACCAAGAGGGUGUGCCCGACACAUGGGGCCUGGGCUGUUUGGGGCCCCUGGGGCCCCUGCUCAGGCUCCUGCCACAGUGGAACCCAGAGGACUGUGGAGACACGGAGCCGCACCUGUUCUGCACCGAAGCCGUCCACAGAGCCUCCUGGGAAGCCCUGCCCAGGGUCAGCCUAUGAACAGCGAGGCUGCACUGGCCUGCCGCCCUGCCCAGUGGCUGGAGGCUGGGGACCUUGGGGUUCUGGGAGUGGCUGCUCUGUGACCUGCGGCUUGGGCCAGACCCAAGAAAAACGAGCGUGUGAUCACCCUGCACCUCAGCAUGGGGGCCCCUUAUGUGUCGGUGCUUCCUCCCGGACUCACAUCUGCAAUACAGCUGUGCCCUGCCCUGUGGACGGAGAGUGGGGGCCUUGGGCACAGUGGAGCAUCUGUAGCCGCCCGGGCAUAAAACACAUAAGCUGUCAGGAAAUCCAGGGCCAACAGUCUCGCUCCAGGAGCUGCAAGGGCCGCAAGUUUGAUGGGCAGCGAUGUACUGGGAAGCUGCAGGAUAUCCGGAACUGCUACAACAUCCAGCACUGCCGCUGGAAAGGCUCGUGGUCAGAGUGGAGUAACUGGGGAUUGUGCAUGCCCCCUUGUGGACACAACCCUGUCCGCAGCCGUCAACGCCUCUGCAUAGCCCCACUCCCCAAGUACUCGCUCACCUUAACUACCGUGGAAGGUCAGGAUGAGAAGAAUGUAACCUUCUGGGGGAAACCAUUAACAAUGUGUGAGGAGCUGCAGGGGCAGAAGGUGAUGGUGGAGGAGAAGCGACCAUGUCUACAUGUGCCUAUCUGCAGAGACCCCGAAGAUACGAACCCCUGACACUCCUCUCUUCCACUCUGACUCCCUGACCUCCUAGAUCUCAAUAAACCAGCCUUUUCCCCCAGGAGUGGGGCAAUAGCAUCUUCUAGAGCAAAGAGCACAGCAUGAGUUAAGGUCACAGUGGACUGUUGGGAAAACCCUUUAUUUUUUUAAUGUGGCCACAAUUUGGAGGCGAGUAUCCAGCUCCAGCAUCCUUUCUCUGCUGCCUUAUCCCCAAAGUCUGCACCCCCUCCCCACCCAUAAUGCCCUGGGGCCACCCACACGUCCCUCUGCAGAGCUGCCUUAUGGGUUUCCUGAUUGGCUUACUUAUUUGUCUCCCCGCCUCCUAGAGCUCCCUAGGUUCCCACCCACAGGAGCUUCUUGGCUGCUCUUGUCAAUCCGCCUGAAUGGCAGCAGAGGCGUGGCUGAAGUUGGCAUCCCGCUGUGAGAGCACCUGCACCCACCCACUCCCAACAGCCCAAUUCCAAUGC